AUGGCUUCUCUUGGCGAGCUGACCGUUCCUAUGAACGGUCAGCUCUACCUCGACCUAGACGCCUGCUUGCAGACUUUGACUGUACGGCCAAGCUCGGGUCAGAAUUUGAAGCGUGCAUUUCUCCAUACGGAAGAAUACUUGGGAACGAAGGCGGCGUCGACAAAGGCACUGCUGGCAGUCUCGGUCCUCGAACGGAACAAUUUGCACUUGGCUCGUUGUACAUACUAUCUAAUCAAUUAUGGAUUUGAAGUCUACGGUGACCGUUGCUUAGGCGACGAUCCAUCUGGGAAGGAGCAUGGACCUACCGUUGUGGACCUGCUACAGAAGAAGAUUUUCCCAGAGCUUUACGGAGACCCGAUGAUCGACUCUAUCAUCAAGAAGUGCUGGCACGGUGAAUAUAAAACAAUCGGAGAGUUGGCAGAAAACACAUCAAGGCUCUGUGGUCCUGAUAACAGGGCUUCGGACGCGAUGUCUUCAGACGACCUUGCAACAAAGAGGGAACUGUGCGAGGAAUUAGUUGGACAGGGGGUCCUUGAGGCGCUUGGUUCGAAUGAUCCUCGACAACGCAGCCGGCAAAUUGAGCGUAGGUGGGUUAGCUGGGAAUUUUUGAAUGCUUGA